AUGAGACAGCAUAUCCGCCCAUCUGUGGGACUUCGAUCACCUGGGCCGGCUUUCAGUCGAAGAUGUUUCGCCAGCGAAAAGCCGAGUGGCCAGGCAAAAAACCCCCGGUGGCUACUGGUAUCAAUUGGUCUCGGGCUACCAAUAUCAAUCUACCUGUGGCAGAGAGGUGAUACAAAGAAGCCUAGCAGCAAGCCUCAUACACAACCACGUGGAGCAAACCAAGAGUAUAGUCAGGAAUCAGAGGCCACCCAGGCUGGAGUACAGAAUAUCAAAUCGGGAUCUUCUGGUGGUGAUGUGCCUCGAGGCAUGGGUGCGCCCAAUGGCCCCGGAAGCAUAUCAGCCAAGCAGGAAGGCCUCUCUAAUGCGGAUACCAUGAACCCAUAUGUGAACGAACCAGGUUACCUCGCAUUGCAGAGCUAUGGAACAAAAACUAUCUUCAGGGCUACCUACCUAUCAAAUCAUGAGCUAGUAGAGCGAAUGACUCUAAGCGGGGCACCAGUCAGGCGGGGUACAAAAGUCAGCAAUUUUUCGCCCAACGCGGUUUACUUCACUUCUCCCACUUUCCAAAUAUUAUCGCUGAAACAACAAAUUACUUCGAUCAAGAUCUACUUCAUCAAGUCAUCAACAAUGAACGGACACGCUGCCUGCCCCAAGUGCGGUGUCGCCGCUGACGGCACUGGAAAGAGCUGUGGCGCCUGCGGUGCUACCUGCCCUGUUUAA